AUGUCGGACACCUCCUCCCGCCCCCUCGUUCAGAUUGCUUCUUACAACACCAACCUGCAAGCCGAACGUGGUCUUCCCCAAGACCUAGUCGACUGGCUCGCACCGACCCUCCAAGUGUCCACUUUCCUGGCGCGCGAGCGUCGUGCCCCUGACAUCGUCGCGGUUGGCUUUCAGGAGCUCCUGCCGCUUCAUCUUGGCUUGGCUGGCAUCUCUAAGUCGGUGCUUGAAAGCCGGCACUCACUCAUCCUCUCGCAAAUCGAGGCACACGCUCCAAAUAAGGAACGCUACACACUCAUUGCCAAGACCGUCAAUGUCGGCGUCGCGCUCCUUGUCUACGGCCGCGACGACGGGAUAGGCCGCCGCGCCUGCGACGUGCAGACGCAAUGGUCGAGCUGCGGUCCCGCGUACAUGGGGAACAAGGGCGCCGUCGCGGUGCGCUUCCGCGUUCCCGGAGAGGGUGGAGGGGUGGGCGAGACCUUCACGUUCGUGUGCGCGCACCUCACCGCGCACGCGCACCUGAACGCGCGCCGCGUACAGGACUAUCACCACAUCGCCCGUACGCUCCUCUUCCCGCCCCUGCCCGGGUCGCCGCCGCACAGCGCGCCGACGACGAUGUUCGCGAGCAGCCACCUCUUCUUCUUUGGGGACCUGAACUUCCGCCUCGAGCUCCCCUCCACGCACACACUCGCGGCGCCCGAGCGGCUCCCCGCGCUCUCUGAGGCCCUGUCGCACGACGAGGGCAGGAUGCCACUGAAAGAGUUUGACCAGCUCGUGAUUGAGCGCGACGUCAAAAGGACUAUCUUCCACGGCUUCCGGGAAGGCGAGUUCUGGCGGUUCAAGUGCAGCUAUAAGUACCGUCUGGGCGAGGUGGAUCAGUACGACUCGAAGCGAAUGCCUGCAUGGACAGACAGAGUCAUGUACACCACGCACUCUGACUCUCCAGACACGCCUCGGGAGUCUGGCAUCCAGAAUGUCCUGUACACUGCGAUUCCUUCGUACACUACCUCGGACCACAAACCCGUGGUCUCCGUGCUGCUACUUCCUCCACCCGUGCCCACUACUAAUGCCGUCCCGGUAAUCCGGCUUCCAGCCGGAUACCACCUCGUUCCUGACCGUUUCGCGCUCCUCAAGAAGUACUCGGGUCGCGUAUUGGACCGCGUCGUCGGCUACACUUGGUGGCUGCUCACGGUGCUCGGCGCAGGGUCUGCCUUGCUCGGCCUCGGAAACCUCUUUUUCAGUCUCGGCCUUUGGCGUUGGUGGAGCACUCGCACCAACCAAGAAUUGCUGCUGCCUUAG